AUGGAUUACGACGCUGAGACCUCUACAGCCCAAAACCCAGCACGCUGGUACACCCACCUGUGCUGUGGGCGCUUAUCUAACAAAAAGAAGAAACUUCGACUCCGUCUCAUAGGCUAUGACCCUGUGGGGCUACUCCAAAGAGCGGCCAGCAUGGGUGACUUGGAUGCAGUUGAACAACUCAUCAACUCCAGUCAGUGUCACGUCGAUGAAUGUGAUAGGAGGAACAGGACUUCACUGCACUACGCGUGUGCCCACAACCAUGUGGAUGUCGUGACGUUGCUUUUACAAUACAACCCCAGCAUUAAUAUCCAGGAUGACGAAGGCUGCACACCUUUAAUUAAGGCUGCCCAACGAGACAAUCUGGAAUGCAUGUGUGUGCUGCUGCAGCAGGGGGCUGAUCCCCACCUGAAAGAUUUUAGUGGUCAUGCAGCCCUCCACCAUGCUGUUUUGAGAGGUAACAUUGCCACUGUUGAGAAGUUGCUUGAAUUCAAUGCAGACAUUGACGCUAAAACAGAGUAUGGCUUAACACCUUUUCAGCUUGCCAUAUGUGAAAAUGACUACCAGAUGGUAGACUUUUUAGCAUCAAAAGCUGCAAUUGCACAUAGAGUAGCUGACCCGAACAGUAAAGGAACACAAGCUGAAGACCUAGAAGAGAAGCACGUUAGAUUCAGUAAAGGUGACCCAUGGAAUUUGCUGGCCCAGGCCAUAGCUGUUUCUCUGCUGCUCUCUCACUGUGAGAGGAGUAAGACCAAGAAGACCACUAAAAUCCAUACUGAAAACAUCAUCCCAGAUCAAUACAGGAUGACACAAGAAGUAAAUAAUGGUGAUGGGUAUGGUGGCCAUGGAGUAGUUACAGUUGGCACGAAAGGAGCCAACAUCUUUGACAUGCAA